ACUGCUGAAGAGCAUAAUUCAGAGAACUUGGUGAAACCACUCGGUUGUCCAAACUUCAUAAUGACCUUACUAACAAGCUGGAUAUCAGUCCUAACAGCAUUUCUUCUUCUCUUACAUUUUUGGAGAGCAAAGACAUAUGCUUCUGGAAAUCCAGAAGAGGAAAUUGAUUACACGUACGUUAUUAUAGGAGUUACUCUGGGAGCACUUCUAUCAAUUGGUUUUGUAGCAGUAAUAAUCUGCAUGAUCAAAACCCAAAUGUUUGAGCAUGUCUCUGGAGAGUCAGAUGGCAAGAUGGAUAGAAGGUCAAACAUGGGAUCAAGCCAAAACAGAGAUGACGUCCAUGUACUGGAAAACCUAAGUACAAAAGAUCAAUAACCCUUUUGCAGUCAACAGUUACCUGGUCUGAGGAUCGAUAGAAGUCUCUUGUGCACAGGCAGGAAUCUUACCGAUAUCAAUUCCUUUCUUUGUUCUUUAGUUGAAAGGCUGAUUGACUGAUUACAGGAAGAGCUUAUAGUGCAUGCUAACUUCAAUCACUUGCACCCAAAAAGCCUGCAAUGCCCAACAGCAUGUACAUGAGGAAAAUGUAUGAAGAAAAUAAAAUAGAUGAGCUCUGUUCAUUAAUAGAUCCUGUUUAGUCUGUGAUAAGUAUAUGAUUAAUUUCUAAAAUCAGUUAAAUACAGGGUAAUAAAAAAGGUAGCCAUAUAAUUCAGGAUCAGAAUUCAUGAUCACGCCCAUAUUUCAAGAUAGGUUAAUAAUGACUGCACCAAGUUGGAAAAUCAUUCAUUUGAGGUUGAAGCAACACAAGGCUUCUCAAAUUUUUCAGAAAAUAUAUAUUUUGUGUUAAUAGAAAAACAUUUCAGCCAUUUUAAAGUUUUAUAUUUUUUAGAUUUAGGACUGAUGUCUUUUGUCUGUAGGUGGUAGUGCUGAUUUCAGACAUUUUAAAUGAGUUAUGGUCAUUUAAAAUGAAAAAUUCCUUUUGAAAUAAUGUUUUUCAUGUUUUGUUGACAUUUCACGUCAACACUGUACAAACAAGCUAAUCUGACACUUCCAGAAUUAACUCAUCCCUAUUUUUUAGUAUAAGAAAAUGCACUAAGUACAAUUAGAAUUUGUGAAUAAUUUCACUCACACACAACCUUAAUUCUUGUUCUAGCCUUGUAUAUUCCAGUGUACUUGAUUGCAUCAAAAUUGCUUGCCAGUUACAAGCUUCUUACAGUGGAAGUGACAAAAACAAAAAUUAUAGCUUUGUCUAAGAACAUUUAGAAUAAUUUAAACAAUUUUAAAUAGUGUAAACCCAAGUUCCUUUGUUAACAUUUCCCAAC